UGAGAUGCUGCCGCCCGGACCUGUAGGAAAGUAGCUGGCGCAGCAGUCCGACAGUGUUGAGUCAACGUUGCAUCUGGGAGGCUGAGGAGAGAGAAGGCAGCGGCAUCUCUGCUCUGCUGUGGCGAGACAGAGAUGACAUAGCGACUGGACCAGCUACAGUCACACUGACACCUGUACCCAACUGCGCCAUUGUCUUUUUUCGUCUGUUUCAUUAGAUAGCGCUAUUUCCGUCGCAUGCUUCUCACCAAUGCCCUCGGUGAGCUGCCCUCAUACAGAUUUUGAUCUAAGUUGAUGCACGCUAGCGCUAGCUCGCUGCUGCUACCCUUCAACAUUGAAGUGGCCACAUAAACAUGCGGAUCAUCGAGGCGGAGACCCCCGGGAUACAUCUAAACGCUUUCUGCAGGACACGACUUUCGACUGGCCGCUGACUGGACUCUGCAGAGUCGCCGUAGAGGGGAAAGAGCGAGGGAUCUCAAGGACCAGAUUGCCUGCUGAAGUUUUUGCCUCUGCGACAGAUCGCCAGGGAUCAUGCUGACCAUCCUAGCUGCUGGCUCUAUUUUCUUUCCAGGCCUUUUCCUGCUGUCCAAACAAUGCCUGAAGACCAUCCCAGGACUGAGAUGGAGUGAAGGGGACGCAGUGAUUGUAUCAGCCAGGUUGGUGUCCUCAGUUCAGGCAGUCAUGGCUUCCUCAGCUGGCUAUAUCAUUGCUUCUUCCUGUGAAGACAUCAUUGAGGACCAGCACUGGCUCACAAGCACUUACAUCAUGUUUGCCGUUCCCUACUUUGUGUAUGACAUCUACGCCAUGUUCAUGUGCUACUGGUACAAGCUACGGGUCAAAGGGCACGAGGAGGCCUCAGCAGCACCCCAGUACAUGAGCUCAGCGCUGACCAGCUACUUGCGUCGAGAGUUCCUCAUGGUGCUGCACCAUGUUGUCAUGGUCACCGUCUGCUUCCCCGUCUCUGUGUUUUGGCGACAAGGAAAGGGAGAUUAUUUCCAGGGCAUAAUGUUCAUGGCUGAGCUCAGCACUCCGUCUGUCUGCUUAGGAAAAAUACUCAUCCAGUACAAACAGCAGCACACUCUCCUGCACAAAGUGAAUGGAGCUCUUAUGCUGAUCACUUUUUUCAUCUGUCGAGUCCUACUCUUCCCUUACCUCUACUACGUCUAUGGAAGGUAUGCAUCCAUUCCCUUCCACAUGGUUCCCCUGUCAGUGCCCUGGCACUGUAACCUUGGCGCUGCUCUGCUCAUGGCACCCCAGCUCUACUGGUUCUCCCUCAUUUGUAGGGGCGCCCUGCGACUGUUCACAGGCACAUCCCGCUCGCAGAGGCCGCACGCGACCGCAGCCGCACCUAAGGAGCUCCAGACGGAUGGCAGCACUGUGCCCCAGCCUGCCAACGGCUACAGCACGCUCUCCACAGAGCCCGAGCUGGCCACACACUGAGAGGAGCGGUGUGGAGGGGAGGCUGAGGCAGGGAGGGAAAGAAGGCGAAUGUACCAAUGAGUAUGUAAAAGAAAGAACGCUGCGAGGGGAAAAGCAAGACUUGAAACAAGCUGAGACGAUGGCCUCAGAUUGAGCUGAAGUGCUUGUAGCCAGCAAACAGCUAAAUGCUUCGGUGGCUAGCCUUCAAGUACUUCAGCCUCUUAGUUUGUAGGAAACAAAACAGAGUGUUAGAGCGCUCAGUAUUUAAGAUGUCAUCGGGCACUGUGACAGACAGGAACAUGCACUGACUAGAGAGGAAGUUGCCUGGAUGUACAGCAAGCAUAGGUGGCUGUUUCCCUCACGUAGAUCCAAUUCAGUCCUCUCUGCCUCAUGGAAGAGCAGGAAAAUAGGAAUGUAUUAUAUUGUAUGUUAGUAUGUUCGCUGUAGAUGGAAGGUCUAAUUCAGUUUAGUAAUGAAGAAGACCUUCAAAAAAAGAAAAAAAAAUCCCAGCUAAGCAGUAUUUUGACUUGUUAGUGUUUAUUAUCUGUAUCCUCUAUGUAGUCACUGUCACUCUAACAAAAUGUAACCGACCUGCAGACUGACUCAUCUUUAGAACGGAGAUAAUCCCACACGACUGUAUUCUGCUGCCUUAUCCCUCCCCCUCCAUUCUUUGCAGUUUCUUUACUUUUUAAAUUAUUUUUUACUCUCGAGAAAGAAGGAAGAGGAUUUCCUCGGACAAAAAAAAAAAAAAUGUGACGGUUGUACAUAGCAGAUGUAAAAAUGUCAUUCCAUGUCAGUAUUAGGUCAAUGCUUGUUUAUUUUCUUCGGUUUUGUCUCAGUUCUGCAUCACACAUUUUGACAGUUCAGAUUUAAGACUGAAACAUUUUGUGGUUUUACAGCUUAGUGAACACAAACUACCCUCAGAUAUUUCCACAGUGGUCCUCGUUUCAGCAUAGAUAAAACAUUCCUUUUCAUCACGGUUUUUUUUUGCAUUCAAGUAAGUGAUGCACAGUAACAGUCACUUUUAACUGGUUAUCUUUUAACAAGUUUGGUACUGUUGUAAAUGUCCAACUUUACAACAGCACUGAUUGCUUUGCAGGAAUAUUUCAUAAAGGGAUCCAUGAUGUUUGAGUAUUUUUAGCUCUUUUAGGAGUCUUGCAAUGUUGAAAUUCGAAGGGGAACAACAAAGAGAAGGAAGCACUCUUGUGACGGAUAAGCAGUACAUUUGUUAUUUUGCUGUCACUCAUGAAGCUUUUUUUUCCCCCCCACUAAUAAGUCCAUGAAGCAAGCUUUUUAACAUUGUGUAAAAUGUUCCAGUCAUUUGAGCCACUGGUUCUAUGAACCUUCUAUGAACAAAUAGGCUUGUUUUGUGUCAUUUCAUGUUUGUUUUAAGCAGCUAUACCUUUCUGGAAAUGGGUCGAGAGAAAAAAAACAAAACAAAAAAAAAAACAACUCAGCUUAAAAACCAUCAAAAGACAGGGUAGUGUGUGCCAAAGCAUCUGGACAGCCAUGGGCAUGUUGAAUAUCCAUUCCUCUGUUCCAUGAAUUCAUAAGGUACUGCUUCUUGACAAUACUCAAACAUUUCAACUGAUGUACUGUAUAUUCCACAAAAUGCUUGUUAUUUAUUUGUAAGUAUUUAUUUAUUUAUUUAUUUGGUUUGUGGUUUUGAAUGCAUAUUUAUGCAUACAUAUUAUACUCUAUGCUUCUGAGCCUUAUGUGAAGGCUGUAUUGUUACUCAAACUUAGCUAAAAUAUACUUCUCUGUCCUGA